AAUAUUUUCAAAACUUUAAAGUUUGUAUAUAAAUCGUUGCUAUUCUCUAUAUUCCUAUUUUCCAGUCACAGCUAUUCACCGUAGUAAUUUCUCUUUGGGAGGUUAGCAAAGGUUUGAGACCGUGAUCGGACGGCUGGGAAUGGAGGUGGACGAGAGAUCUGAGGACGGCUGCACGACGCCGAAGAGCAGGGAGUUCCAGAUCCCGGCCAUCUGCGCUUGCCCUCCGCCGCCGAAGAAAAAAUCGGUAAGUGGAAGGGUCCGGGACCCACCGAAGAACGGGUAUUUCCAACCGCCUGAUCUUGACGCUCUGUUCACUGUAUUUGCUUCCUAGAAGACAAGUCUGGGCUUAGCGAGAGAGAGAGAGAGAGUAUUUGAUUUCGUAUAUACGAGUAGUAUUUGUUAGGACGUGAAAUUCCUUGUUUUGUUGCAAAUCGUAGCAAAUUGUUUUCUCAGAUUGUUACACUAAAUGAUUAAUUCGUUACAUUUCCUUGGAAAAUGCUAUGCGAUCUUAUGUUUUCCUAUAUUUGUUCCCGAAUAAAUUAUGCGAUUCCUUCCUUUUUUUGUG